AUGGUGCGGCGCGCCCGGCUGGCGCUGGUGGCGGCGGCGCUGGUGGCGCUGGGGGCGCCGCCGCCGCCGUGCGCGGGCGCCCGGGCGCUGGAGUGGUACACGGCGUGGGUGAGCACGGCCUACGUGGAGCCGCUCAGCAACCGCACCGUGCGCGGCAACACGGAGAGCGGCCGCUACGGGGACAGCUCGCCCAAGGAGAGCGCCCAGGGCCUGGUGGGCAUCCCCCGCGGCGCCUCGCCCCGGCACAUGGAGGGCUGCGCCGCAGACACCGACUACGACGUGCCGCUGCCGCCCGGCGGCCGCGGGCCCCCCGAGGGCGACCCGCAGCCCUGGAUCGCCCUGGUGGCUCGCGGCGGCUGCACCUUCAAGGACAAGGUCACCAACGCGGCGCGGAAGCGGGCGUCCGCCGUGGUCAUCUACAACGAGGCCCGCUUCGGCAACAGCACCGUGUCCAUGUCCCACCUGGGAACAGGAAAUACAGUGGUGAUAAUGGUUGGUUAUCCAAAAGGCAUAGAGAUACUGGAGCCAGUACGAAGAGGGAUUCCAGUAAAAAUGACUAUUGUUGUUGGCACACGACAUGUGCAGGAAUAUAUUAGCGGUCAGUCGGUUGUGUUUGUAGCCAUCGCCUUCAUCACCAUGAUGAUUAUAUCACUUGCUUGGCUCAUAUUUUACUAUAUACAACGUUUCCUGUAUACAGGAUCACAGUUUGGAAACCAGGGACAUAGGAAAGAAACAAAGAGAGCAAUCAGCCAGCUUCAGCUGCAUACUGUGAAACGUGGAGAAAAGGGUUUAGAUGUUGAUGUGGAAAACUGUGCUGUGUGCAUUGAGAACUACAAACUGAAAGACACUGUCCGAAUUCUGCCAUGCAAGCACAUCUUCCAUAGAACGUGCAUUGAUCCGUGGCUUUUGGACCACCGAACUUGUCCAAUGUGUAAACUAGACGUUAUCAAAGCUUUGGGAUACUGGGGGGACCCUGAAGAUGUACUUGAAGUGCCAAUACCUGAAUCCAUAAGUGGCAGCGUUUCAGUUGGAAGUCUGAGUAUUGCUUUGCAAGAUGAUGACAGAAAUGAGGUCAGCGAAUUGUCAGCUUCCUCCACCAAUGAAUCUGUAUUGCAGUGUACCAGUUUAAAAGAGGACGCAGGUGAAACCACAGCAUUGCUUGAUGUGGAUGUCAGUAAUAACCGGCAUGGAGAACAUCUAUCUAAUGGAAAUUCCCACUGAACUGCUUCAUGGAAGAUAUCUUGAAUAGACUGUUGAAGAACUAUUAUUUUUUAUUUAAUUAGUAUGAACUGUUGUCUAGUGAACAGAAAAAAUAACAAUGUAAAUUAUUUUACCUUUCAAACUUUUCUAGCUGGUGUUCCAAAAGGGCUAAUAACUAAGAAUUUUCUACGCAGGAGGAUUUUAUAAAAUCUCCUCUGGAUGUCUCAUCCUAAAAAAAAAGAUGCAAUAACCCUUUUUCUGUAAGCAUUGUUGCAAUGUCAUUGUGUUCCAGAGGGCUGUAACAAAGAUGAAGACUAGGCAGUGAAAACAAUGUAGAAUGUGUAACGGUGAAAUAUAUUGGAUACACUAUUUACAUUCAGUAUGUACAUAUGGAGAACACUUACAAGACUACAACUGUUAAAAUGUUCUGAAAGUUCUGAUCUGUUGUAAUUGGAGACAGAUACUCUUAGAAAAAACAUGAACUAACCUUGAAGGAGUCAAAUAACUUCAUGGAUAUGUUGUGUACUCUUUUUUUGUGAAGGAAAAAUUGCUAGUUGCAACUUUCCUUAUAUGUAACAAAUACUAAUUUGAUCUUGUAAUGUGUUCUACUCAGAGUGGAUGCUAAGAAAAGGAGACUUUCUCCAUCUUGCAAGCUUUUUAUACUGAAUUUGGCAGUAGUAGGUUGUGCUAGGUGGUCUUCACGUGCUGAGCAUGUAGACUUGUUUAGGUAUAUGCACAUUGGUUACCUCUUUCAGUCUUAAACUCAGUAGAACAGAGGUAAAGGGCUAAUUAUGGCUAAGAUAUAUUUAUUAGUCUAUUUAUAAGAAUUUACUUAAUUCCUUCUUGCUCCUGUUCCCAUCCUGAUCCACUUUAUGUACAAAUUGAAACUGUUUCUUAAGAAAUACAAAGUUUGGGUUUGUUUUGUUUUGCUUUUUCUUUUUCUUUGCAUAGAGAUGCUGGAAUUCUUCUCUUGGAUAUUCCACAUUAGGAGUUUUUACUGGGUUUGCCAUUAGCUUUUAUUCCUUUCUGUUAGAUUAGCAGUAUUGUGCCUUAUAGUAAAACACUUAAGAAAUCUGAAGCAUCUGAGAGUAAAUAUAAACCCUGGCAUCUCCCAUUAUGACCUCUUAUUCAAAUAUUUAUAUACUGUAAGUGGUAUAAGGAAUUGCUAAACGGUUUUGUAAAGAAAUAUGUAUAUUUAAAACACUACUUAAGUAGAGUGUUGAGUUGUUUAGGAUUUUAGCAGUCAUGUUAUAAUAUGCUACAUUCCUUGAUUUUCUUUUGUAUAGCUCUUGCUACAGGUUGCUUAAAACAGUGUCUUUUACUAGACAUUUGUUUUAGAGUGCAUUUUUGUUUUUAAAAUGUAUAUUUGGAAUGUUUUUAAGAAAAUAUGCAAUUCUUUUUCUAACUUAUAUUGAGCUUCAGUAGAAGCAAUAACUUUUUUUUAAUUUUAGAAUGAAUGUUCCAGAAAUGACAGAGGCUUCAGAUGAGGAAAUACAAUCUGAACUUCUACUUUGCAGAGCAGAUGUUUCACCCUAGAUUUCCUUCAAAAAAUUCCUCUUAAUGCCUACUUAAAAAAAAAAAGAAUAAAAAUUGCCUCUUCCCUGUAGGAGUGUAACUUUUAGGUUUACUGGAAAACUGUCAGGUUGUAGUUCUAAUGUCACCAGCAGGUGCAAGUUUUUGUGAUGCCUUUAUCUUACAAGAAGCACAUGAGAAUGGAAUAUGACUGACUCACCAUCUCCAAAACUGAACAAAUAAAAAAACAACCCAUAACUAAACCAAGCAAUGUAUAGGGACGUUUAUGUCUCCAAAAGAAUUUUAUCAACAUUUCCGGAACUGCCUUUUUAACUAUCUCUUCAAUUUUAAAAACUUAAGUCUUCUCCCUCUUCUUUAACACAAAACUGAACAUUGAUGUAGUGUAUGUUGAGAGUAUUUAAACUCUAGCUCAAGGAGGAACCAAAAGAGAAGUUAUCAAGAGAAGUGUUGUCAGUCUGUGGAUUGUGUCUUGCUGAUAACUACAGCACAGUAUUCAUUCUGGAGAGAAGAAAUGUGGUAAGUAGUUAAGCCUUUAUGUAAUACCUAUAAAACCAAAAGCUUUUUUUAAGAAUCAAAUCUGAGAACUGAGGGAGAAAAGCUAAAGGACCUGCAAACUGAAGAGAGUUUUUAUAAAAUCUGAACUGUGCUGAUUUAGAAAAACACCCAAGUAUGAAGAGUCCUGGGGUGUGUUUCUGAUGCUGGAACCGUACCUGUUUCACUUCAACCUUUCAGGAGAGUAGUUACAGUUGUUUCUAUCAAAUUGGUUUGUGUGUAGUUGAUCUUUGAUACACUUGGGUCUUGUAAGGCCAGCUAUGCUGCUGAGGAAUGAUGACAAUAAAAGGCCGAAUUGCAGUGCCUCCAGCAAGCAGUUUGCUCUCCUUGGAAGCACAAUGACAAAAAUCACCUGAAGCGAAUCAUUAGUCUGACCUCAGUCAAAAAGCUGACAUCCAUUAGCAAAAAGAGAGGUAGGAUAAAAAGUGUAGGGCAGGAAAGAGACAAUCUAGGGAGUUUAAAACAGUAGCAAGAGAAGAUUAGAAACAUGAAGCAUAUGAGCUGCUGUUAUAGCUCAUCUGAAACACUUAAACAGGUGUAGGCAGCUGAAGGUAAGUACAGGUUCACAAACUUUGCUGAUCUGGACCCCCACUGUGUUGGAUCAAACUGGUGUUUUGAGUUUCUAGCACUUUACCUACCAAAAGCCUAUAUGCAGGUCAGAACUAGAGUCUUUUUUUCAUCCUUCUCCAUGAAUGCUUUUUGUAGGCCAGGUGCUUUCUGGCUCCCUUCCCUACCAUUUGGGGAAUCUAUAUUCUGCCUCUUGGGCUUAGGCUGUGUCUUGCCUAGUGUGGGAGCUGAUGCUGUGUGUGUUGUGGGUUCCUGCAGCCUGCCUGUGCCCUGAUCUCUUUCUCUUCUAGCUGCACAUUUUUCAUAAACCAUUUGGGAACUUGUCUUGGAGACAUCUGUCCCUUUGUCAGACUUUGCUGUAAUCGGGCAGAGGAUUUCUUAUUAGAGGUAUUCAUGUGGUAUGAUUAUACAAAAAGCUAAAGCCCGGUGCCCACAUGAGGUCUGAAGCCCCUCAAUGGCGAUGCUGAAUAAAUUAUUUGGGAAAAAUCCCUAGCAGGAAUAGGGGAUGCUGUUUGUUUUGGGAUAAGUUUUAUUAGUGUUGUGUUAAUUGAUAUGGCUUUGUCGGUUCUGGUGGCUUUGUUAGGGAGAAAAUUUGUGAAGUUAAGUGAUUGUUUUUGUUGGUUGUUUUUAAAGGAGCUAUGAACAUGUCAAAAUAAGCUGGUGUCUUAAAGUAAAACUAGAGACCCCUCUUUGUUCAGAAAUUUUAGUUUAUUAAUAAUAGUCUACCAAUGGCAAAUUGUAAAGAAAAUUAUAGGAAAUAACCAUUUAAACUGGCUUUCAGCAAGCAAAAAUGAACUACAGACAUUUCAGAUCUGAAAGUGUGUUAAUAGUGAUUUUUAUUGCUUCCAGUACCAAUUUAAAAUUGGAUUUUGUUUUACUAAUGACCCCUCAAGUGGAUUCUUCUUUGGCUCUAGGCAAUGCUUAGAGGAGAUUCUUUGCAUGUACUGGAGAGGUUUGACAUGAUAUCAGUAACUCCUUUCCCCUGCCCCUCACCCCUACCUCAGAUCUGAAUGUAAUCCAGUAACCUGUUGCCAGUAAUUAGGACUAGUUUCUGGAGGUAUGCCAGAGGAGUUGUAGGAUAAUUUAACUCCACUGAGAAUGUUUUUAAUCCAUGCUGAUUUAAUAAAUUGUGCCCCAGUCUAUUCCUGCCAAAGCUGGGCCAUUAGACUUUGGGAAUUCCAGUCCUGUGCAGGGUGUAAUUGGCACAGAGAAAUGCCAUUGCAACAACUUUGUCAAAUGUGCAAGCUGACUUUUUAAUUACUUACUGGUUUGGGAAUGGUCAUUCAGUUUUUCUACCUGUCCUCUAAGCUUUCUCUAAGACCAGCCAGCUGUAGUUGUGCAGAGGGGAGUCCAGCAAGGGUGCAGUGCUGGUUCCCAAUAUCCUAAGCCGUGUGGGUGAGACAGAGGCAGUGGCAGUGGCACUUGCAGGCUUUCAUGAGGUCGAUGAGAAGCAAAAGGUGUUGGUUUCACAUUCCAGUGACAACAGAACACAAUAGGUUGGACUGAUAAUUUAGCUGUUUCAUAAAAGCAGACUUCUCUCUAGACAAGUGUAGUAGACAUUCAAGUACUGUUAGCAACACCAACUGUACUUUGAAGUACACACCAGUAGGUUAAGGACUUUAGUCUGAAUUUGUGGAAUAUUUUUUCAGUUACUGCCACAACAUGUAAUAAAACUAUGUCUUUUGUUACACAUCAACAUCUCCUAUCUGGGAACUGUUGCUCAGCACAGCCUUUAGCACCAUGAACCGAAACAAUAAUACUGAUAAUGUAAUAGGUUGGGUUUGAGGGGGGUGUGUUAGCUUUUUGGAGUUUGUUUUGUUUGGGGUUUUUUGGGGGGAAAGGUCUGGGGGUUUUUGUUUGUUUGGGUUUUUUUUAAAUGGAGAGGUUUCAUAUAUAGUUUUCACUGGUUUGGUUUACAGCACUUGGCACUGAAUGUAGUGUUUCUGUGCUGGAUGAGGAUACUGAGAUCAGUAAGAAUGUACUGACUGUGCAGCUUUACAAAGAGGGGUGGAACUGAAAUCUAAUAUUAGAGGAGUGAGCUGAAGUAUCUCCUGAGGUUAACCUGGAGGGAAUGGAGUUGUUGGUGUUGACUGCUGGGUGCAAGAUUGUGUUGGCAACUUGACUGUUCUGUUGUGUGUCUCCCUUCAGUCACCAGUCUCGGUGAGACUUCACACAAAGGCUUGGACUGAUGUAAGAGCUUGCUGUUGCAAGAAGAAAUGAGUGGUCCUUUCUGGUUUUCCUUUUCUGUUUUUAAUUUUGCUGUGUCUCACAUUUAGAUUAAGCUGAAUUAGUUCAUUAAAUACUCUUUAACUGGCAGAAAACUAAAUCUGUCAAGGCAGAUUGUAUUUUGACAAGCUAAAAAACUGAAUACUUAGUGUGCACUUAACUGAGUUUUAGAGCUGGGCUAAAGGGAGGAGGAGUUGGGGUGGAAGAGGGGAGAGAGGGGCUCCCCUUGGGUAAGUUGAAGAGAUGCAGUUUUGUAAUAGGGCCAUGGUAAAUUACAGUUGAAUAUGGCAACACCAAUUUUUUAAAUGGGAAUGCUUUUAAAAAAUUGUAGCAUGUAUAUGAGACUGGUCUUUACUGGGUGUAUUCUUUUCUCUCACAGGUGAUAUGUGAAGAUUUGGGAAUUGGAACUGUAGAUUAAACAUGCACAAAUCAAGCUGAAGGCUUUUGUUUUUUUUCAGUAUGGGUCCUGAUCUCUCUCCUCAGCUAUCCUGCUGUAUUGCAAAACUUGAUUUGAGAAAGUUUUACAAGUAGAAUGUCUCUAUAAUUGCAUGUGUUUGUGUGAAGAGUGCAUUGCCUGGGACUGUCCAUUAUACUUUCAUUGGACCUGAAGCUGCUUUUCACUGUCUCAAACAUGGUAAUAAUUACUGCAUUUUAAAAUGAGCAUAUCCUUAAUUCAGAAGAGGAAAAUAAUUUGAGUUUUCAUAAUUUUGUUAGUCUGAAGCUUAGGUCCAAAACUUUGAAGUCACUUACUUCUAUUAUAAACAUACCUGCAGAGAACCAUUUGAAUUUGCUAGUCUGUCAGCUAUUCACAACCGACUGUCUUUUACUGUAACCUUGUGCUGAUUCGGUUGCAUUGUUUGGAUUAAGCACUUGUGUCUUUUCCAUUGUGUAUGUACAAUUGUAAGAAUGUCAAGUUAUGCAUUGUUGUUGUAACUUAAUGGCUAAAAGCUCAAAUUCCUUAAUAAAUUAUAUUAAGACCUUUUAAAAAGCAA